GACUUGAACAGUCAAGACUUAAAUCCUAAACUAUGAACUUAAGAUUAAAAUUAAGCGUGCAUACUGUAAAUAUUUCACAGUUUGUUUGGUGAUUUGAAUGAAGGAAUUCACUAAUCGUGUUUAUUUUAUUGUCUACGAAAUGGCAAAUCAAGCCGAAAUCGAUUACGAAAAACAAUUCCAAGAAGAUCUAGCCAAAGCGACUGCCCUAAGUAUAGAGUCCCAAGCUCUCGAUGAUUUUCGCCGAUCCAAAUCCCAAUAUGGAUAUAUGAGUAACAAUAGAGCUUCUCCACCCACAACCGGUUAUCAUAAAAAACAAAAUGCUGAAAAAGAGUACUCUUCCAAUGUACAGUCUAGAUUGCGACCAGGAUCAUUUGGUGGUCCGAAUAGUUCAUCAAUAGCUCCUCCACCGGCAGUACCAUCACGCAGACAUAGCGAAAUACGUCUGCCUGAAGAAACUCCACCAACUGCGGUGGCUGAAUCUGAUUUAAUAUCAUUUGCCAGUCCAACCUCAUUGAAGAAACCAGAGAAUACGACAUUUGAUAAGCUCUUGGAGGAUAUUCAAAAGCUGAGCACUGCUCCACCACCACAAUCUCUGCCGUCCAUUAACUCUCACCCAAAUUUUGGGUCUACACCGGCAUUUUUGAAUCAACAGUUGAACCAAACAGGAAUGCAGUUAGUUCCAUUCACUCCACAACAACCAGCACAAAAAACACCUCUGACAAAUGAGGAGCUCUCGAAGUUGUAUAGUAUGCCAACGCAACAAGUGAGGCAUCCUCAUGCAAUGGGCUAUAUGAGGCCAGCCGGACAGUAUACUCCGGUAUAUCAACGACCAGCUAUAACUGCUGCAGGCUAUGGUUAUGGAGUAGCACCAGCUACUUACGGUUAUCAGUAUGGGAUGCAACGUCCUGGAAAUAUCACCACCCAACAGUCAUAUCCGCCGGUGCAAUUUCCAUCGAAUUCCCAACAUCAGCAAGCAUCUACAACUUCAGAGAUUCCCAUUCAAAAUGUAUCAAAUCCAAGCAGCGCUAUGGUUUUGCAAAAUCCAACGAAUCCAAUGCUUCAAAUGACCAAGUCCCAAUCGUUGUCUGGGGUUUCGUCAUUGGGAACAUCACCAUCGAUGAGAAGUAAUUCAAGCAAUGGCAUUAAUCGCAAGGUUAAGAGAAACCUUGGAGAUGAUUUAAUUGAUCUCACUCAGGAAGAUCCUUCAAGAGUGAGUGUGCUGGAAGCUUUUGAUCCAUUGCUAAACGAGGACGAUUAUGGAUCUGAUAAUGCAUCCGAUUGCACAUCAUAUUAUGCCGAAUAUGAUCCAUUCGAUUAUUUAUAUAGCGGUGGAACACAAUACUCAGAUCCGGUCUAUGAAGCUGUAAAUAAAUUGGAUCGCACCCCAGUUAGUCCAAAUGUUUCAUUAUCAAUUGGUUGGCGGUCAGAAUUGUAUACAAAAGAUGCAUUUCCAUCUACAUCGUCAGGUUUGGUAUCGCCACCGCCACCAUUGCCUCCUAGAAAUAAUAACAAAAACUCAGAAUCACUCGAUCAUUCCAUGGACAAUGUUGUCUUAGAUCGAAGAAAAAACUUUACAAAACUCUAUGAAAUGGUCACAGAUUCUAAAGCACACGAUCCUGAACUUUUAGAAUUUUACUAUAUGGUUAAAGAUUUACGUUCAAAAUAUCGUUAUGAUGAUGUGGCUACAAAUGUGGGACAUAUUGUUGCUUCAGAGUUUAAUUUCUUCUAUCCACUUGAGCAGAGUAUUAAGAUUUUAGUUUAUCCAGCUUUGAAUGGGUUACAGAAAGAUUGUGAAGCAAGUAAAAAGGGUCCCAUUGAGGGAUAUGGGUCACCUAUUGUUUUCACUAGUGAUAUUAACUCUCCUGUGGAACUUGUGAUUGGUCAUGCAUUUUGUGCUUUAGAAGGCCAAAUUCUAGGUACAGUUGAUGAUUAUGCUGCAAAGCCGAUUGGUGUUUCGGAAUGGUUGUCGCCAACUUCGAAACUCAGUCAAUUGCAAUGUGUGCAUGACAGUUUAAAGCUGGAAAAGGAUGUUUACUUUGGACUUUGUAUGAAAACAGAAGCAACUAUGAGUGUAAUUGCACGAACACAAAGAGAUGACUUAAGGGAUGAAACACUGAGGCCUGAAGAAAUUCUUCCCAAUGAGACAGCCACGACUAUUUCUUAUGACAAUAUGAUGAUUUUGAUAGAAACACUUGAAACUGAAAUCGAUAAGUUUGAAAUGAAUGCUGCAGAUUCAAGUUCACGUUCCAUUCUAUCUUGUUCGGGAGUAGUGCAAGGUGUCAAGGCCAUAUGUGCUCUCCUCGGAUCCAUUGAUACUCUGGAAAUCGCUAGCAACAUAAAUGAUUUGAAGAAAAUCUGUGAAGAUGGCCAGGUGACAUAUUCCUCUACAUAUGGAGUGAAUCCAGAAGUUGGUUCCGAUCAUGGAGAUUAUGCUGAAGUUAUAAUGCGACCGAAAUCCACAAUGGAACAAAUAAAAUCCAAAUUAAAUCAAAUACGUGAUGCUGUUCAGGAUUUAAUUGAAAAUUACUCCAAUGCAUUUCGAGUAGAUUUUUGUGUCAAAUCUGUGGAUUAUACAACAACUCCAAUUCCUAUUUCAUGCGUUUUAAAGCCAGUUAUUGUAAGUGUCAGUUGUUUACAUCGUCCACCACCCAAUUGGAAAUUCGAAGACUACUCAAUGGGAGUUCAAAUCAACUAUGGAACUAGAUUUAUAUCCAAAACAUUGGUAAUCAAGUGUUCGAAUGAUACAAGUGGAGGUUUAUUUCCCCGACUUAAAUUUGAAUCGUGGAUAACAUUUGAUAGUAUUCCCAUUUGUACGUUGCCCAGAGAAUCGAGGCUGAUUUUUGUCCUUUUCGGUACUCAGACUGCAGAAAAUGAUCAAUCGAAUGAUCAGAAUGGAGAGAAGAAACAAAUUACCACCGAAUUGGGUUGGUGUGCCUUGCAAUUGUUUGAUUACAAACGAGAAAUGGUUUGUGGAUCGUAUUUACUUUCCAUUUGGCCUCCAACCACUGAUAAGUUCCUUGGGCCAGCACCAGCCAGAGGAUGUCAUCCUCAACCAGAUUUGUGUCCAGUAUUAAGUAUAGAAGUACCUCCCUAUGGAGGUAGAAUUGUGUUUCCAGAACCUCUGGAGAAUCCUCCACCGGCACCGAAAUACGAUUUUAACUCGUUGGAUUGUAACUUACAGCAGGAACUUCUUGAUACCGCUGAACAGGGUUAUGCUGAUGCUUUGGAACAGCGUGAAGUUUUUUGGGAGAAACGACAUUAUUUGCAGAAAUUUCCCUAUGCUUUGCCUAAAGUCUUGCAUGCUGCCCAUAGUUGGGAUUAUGCAAGCCUAAUUGAUUUGCAUUCAUUGCUUCGAUCAUGGUCUCAAUUAUCUCCACUUCAAGCAUUAGAAUUGUUAUUGCCUCGUUAUCCAGAUGCACAAGUACGUGCUAAAGCAGUUGAAUGGAUUUCUAGACUGCCAAAUGAUCAACUUGUUGAUUCUCUACCGCAACUUCUGCAAGCACUGAAACACGACACGUAUGAAGCAUCGGCUAUGGCACGAUUCCUUCUUAGCAAAUGCCUUGAAUCUCCUCGAAUUGCACAUCAUAUGUAUUGGCUGUUGGUGCAUAGCUUGCCAGGUGAUGCACCACAAAAUACCAUUGAUGCUUCCAGCUCAGAGUAUGAUGAAUCUCUGAUCACACAAGCUCGUUACCAUCGACGUAAUAAAAUGAUGUUGAGGGCAUUGUUGGCGAUAUGUGGAGAGAAACUAUUAUCAAGGUUCCUAAGUCAGAAUAUGAUGUGCAAGAAUUUAGCAGAUAUUGCAUAUUCAGUGAAGGUGUCGAAAGAAUCUUUGAGACAAAAAGCUCUUUGUCAAGGUAUGGAUAGCGUGCAUCAGGCAUUGAUUGAUAAACCAACAUCACUGCCACUUGGACCAGGAUUAGAAGUGACGGGUGUUAAUGUCAGAGGUUGCAGUUAUUUCAAUUCAAAUACGUUGCCUUUGAAGAUUUCUUAUUAUGGACCAGAUAGGCAAUUACUUCCUGCUAUUUUCAAAUCUGGUGAUGAUCUUCAGCAGGAUAUGUUAACUAUUCAGCUAGUUCGUGUGAUGAAUAAACUUUGGCUAGCCGAUGGACUUGACCUGAAAAUGGUUACUUUUGAUUGUGUUCCAACUGGUUAUAAAAAGGGUAUGAUUGAGUUGGUUUCCGAUGCCGAGACUCUGCGCAAAAUUCAAGUGGAAUAUGGUUUGACUGGAUCAUUUAAAGAUCGACCCAUUGCCGAGUGGUUGGCAAAACAGAAUCCUAGCCAAUUGGAAUACGCUAGAGCUGUGAAGAAUUUUACAGUUUCCUGUGCUGGCUACAGUGUUGCCACUUAUGUUUUGGGUAUCUGUGAUCGACACAAUGACAAUAUUAUGUUGAAAACUUCUGGACAUCUAUUUCAUAUUGAUUUCGGAAAAUUCUUGGGUGAUGCACAAAUGUUUGGCAAUUUCAAAAGAGAUCGUACUCCAUUUGUACUCACAUCAGACAUGGCAUAUGUUAUAAAUGGUGGAGAUAAGCCUUCGACGGAUUUUCAUUAUUUCGUAGAUCUUUGCUGUCAUGCGUUCAAUAUUAUUCGCAAACAUGGUGAUCUCAUUUUACACAUGCUUGCGUUGAUGGCAACAGCUGGUAUACCAGGUGUCACAGCCGAUGCAGUAUCUUAUGUUAAAAGAGCUCUUCUUCCAUCUCAAUCGAAUCCGGAAGCGGCUGCAUCAUUUGCUAAAAUGAUUCAAUUCUCAUUGAAAAGUUGGUUUACUCAGUUCAACUUUUUCUUGCACAAUUUAUCUCAAUUGAGAUUUUCGAAUGAUGAAGGUAGUGGAGAGCUUUUGUCGUUUGUUCCUAGGAAAUAUGGAAUGCAACAGGAUGGCCGAUUAAAAUCAGUUAUGGUGGUGCGUUGUCAAAAACAUUACGACAUGGAAAAGUAUUAUACGUAUAUUUUGCGAGUCACACGACAUAAUCAACCAGAUCCAACGCAUUUGUUUCGAUCUUAUAAGGAGUUUUCUGAGUUUCAUCAGAAAUUGUGCCUGCAUUUUCCACUUGCAAAACUUCACAGUUUACCAAGUGGCAUACACGUUGGCAGGUCCAAUGUUAAAUCUGUUGCUGAAAGACGUUUACCUGAGAUCCAACGAUUUCUCGUUUCCCUAUUUAAUUCAGCCGAUGAAAUAGCACAUUCAGAUUUGGUUUAUACAUUUUUCCAUCCUUUGUUGCGGGAUCAACAAGAAGCGAAUAUUGAAGUGUCCAAAGUGAAAGAAAUUAAACCAAUAAUUCAACGUCAUUCAAAUAGUGAUGGAGCAAUUAAGAUCUCAUUGCAAUAUCGGCGUGGAGCACUCACUGUUAUGAUACACCACGCAAAGGGACUUCCAACAUUGCAGGGAGGCACAGAGCCAAAUACCUAUGUCAAAUGUUAUUUAAAGCCGGAUCAAACAAAAGUUACAAAAAGAAAAACAAAAGUAAUACGAAAAACUUGUGUCCCCAGUUUUAUGGAAACGUUGGAAUAUCGAAUGCCCAUUGAACACAUUCAAAAUCGUUUUCUCAACGUGACUGUUUGGUCUCAUGAUACACUUCAAGAAAACGAACUUCUGGGUGGCGUUCAAAUUGAUUUGAGUAAAUAUGAUCUGCGUCUGGAAUUGAUAGACUGGUUUGCUUUAGGUCAUGUUCCUAGGUCAUGAGAUAUUUAAAAUAACAAAACAAAAUUUAUGUUGUAGCACUAAAAUGAAACAUUCCGAAAGCAUUAUUUGCACACAAAUUUACCCUGUUCCUAGUUGCACAAAAUAAUAAAACAAAAAAAGUUAAAACAAAACUAACAAAGGAGGGGUUAAAGAAAAUUAAGCAACAAACAUUAUAACCUAUUUGAUUAAUUGAUUGAUUUGUUUUUGAGAAAUCAAUUUUUCUUAUUUGUUUUCAUUUAUAUAAUCUAUAUUAUUAAACUUAUUUAUUAAAUAUUUUUAAAAAUUAUAUCUUAUUCGUAUAAAUAUGUAGCCAGCAAACUUAUUUUUUUAGAAAUUGUAUAUAGAUAAAAAGGCAACUAUUGUACAAAAGAUAAUAAAUAAAAAAAUACCUAUAAACAAAUAAAAAAUAUAUAUUUUGAUUAUAAUGAUAAAAAAAAAACAAAAAUUAUAUACACAUUUAUUAUAUGCCCACAAUGAACCUUCGUCGUCAACGAUUUAU